GCCGUGGGAACGCCAUUGUUGCGCGUCUCCAUGGCAACCGCCGGGAGGCACGUGGCGCCCCCGCCGUUGCCAUUUGCGGCGGCCCCGGGCGGGGCGCGAGGCGCGGAGGGCAGCGCGUGCCGCGGGCGGGGCGGGGGCGCUGAGAACGUUUGCGAAGCAACCGCAGGAAACAAACGGACGGCGACAGAGGGAGGCGGCUGAGCUCACAAUCCCCGACAAUCCCCCUCCCGCCGGGGCCCGCCUGCGCCAUGGAGGGGGGGGCGCAGGAGGAGCCCCCCCGGCAACCGCAUCCCCCGGGUGGGCAGGAGGCACCCCGCUUGGAGCACCUGCUCCUGCACCCCCUCACCAGGCAGGGGGGCAGGGAGCCGUACCUCCUGCUCCUCCCCCCCAGGCCAGGGCCCCUCCCUCAGCUCCUGUCCCCCCUCCCUGGGCAGGGCGCCCCCUGCAAGGAGCUGCACCCCCUGAAUGGGCACAGUUCCUCCAGCAUGCAGCUGCCGCCGCCCACAGCUGCGCUGGGACCUGGGGAGCAGGAGGGGGGGAGUGAGCCCGGCUGGGCCCUGCAGGGAAAAGCAGAGGAGCAGGAGCAAGAGGGCCAGCUGGGGUGCAGUGGCUGCAGCAAGAGAAAGAGGGGUGAGCUCAAGGCCGCUGCAGCCCGACGAGCAGGGAAAGAGGGGACCCAGCUCACGGCCAGCGGCACUGUCAGGAGAGGAGGGGAUCAAAAAAGGGAGGACGCAGAGGAGGGCCAGAAAGAGGUGAUGGUGAAAGAGACUUGUGGGGACAGCAUGGCCUCGGGGCCUGAGAAAGAAGGAACAAUCAAGGCAGAGGCAGCCAGUGAGGACUGCAAGGGGAGGGAAGAAGCUGUGUCAUCCAAACCAGCUGGAUCAUGCAGCGGUCCGGCUCACGCCAGCAAAGAUGCCCCUGCUGCUCAGCCGCCUGGUGGGUUCGGAGCCCAGCAUCCUCAAGACCUGAAGAUCCCAUUGACACUCCAUCCAGUACCCUCUGGGACUAGGAUCCAGUUUCAGGGACCUCCGCCUUCUGAGCUGAUCCGAGUGACUAAAGUGCCCCUGGCCCAAGUACCCCUUAAAAUGCAAUCCUUACUGGAGCCUUCAGUCAAAAUUGAAACUAAGGAUGUACCCCUCACAGUGCUGCCCUCUGAUGCAGGGAUACCAGAUACCCCAUUUAGCAAAGACAGAAAUGGCCAUGUAAAACGUCCAAUGAAUGCAUUUAUGGUGUGGGCAAGAAUUCACCGGCCAGCACUAGCCAAAGCUAACCCAGCUGCCAAUAAUGCAGAAAUCAGUGUCCAGCUUGGAUUAGAGUGGAACAAACUCACUGAAGAGCAAAAGAAGCCCUAUUAUGAUGAAGCUCAAAAGAUUAAAGAAAAACACAGAGAGGAAUUUCCUGGCUGGGUUUAUCAACCACGACCUGGCAAAAGAAAGCGCUUCCCAUUGACUGUCUCCACUGUAUUUUCCGGCACCUCUCAGAACAUCAUCACUACAAACCCAACCACAAUUUAUCCUUUCCGACCACCCACUUACUCCGUUGUCAUUCCCAAUGUACAGAACAGUAUUGGACAUCCUGUCUGUGAAGCCCCUUCUACUAUCCAGCUGCCAGCUCCUUCCAUUCAACAUCCAGGUCCAAUUACACUUUUCCAGCCGAGUGUUGGAAGCACCACACCAGUGGCUGUCCCAGCUCCAAAUCUGCCCCUUCAUGCUGUAAUUCCACCACAGCGCUUUGCAGGACCUGCACAGACAGAAGCUCAUCAUGUACCUUCCGGAUCAAGUUGUUCUGUAAAGAGACCUAUCCCAGUUUGCAUUGAGAGUUCCAGCAGGAACCCAAGUAAUGCCAGCACCACUCACUCCAGAUUUCCUGUCUCUAAUAGUCAACCCCCUAAGGAGUACUCAGGUGUUUCUUCUUGUCCUAGAAGUGCACCAAUUCCCCAGGCUCCCCCCAUUCCUCACUCACAUCUCUAUCAACCUCCUCCCAUUGGUCAUCCAGCCACUCUCUUUGGAGCUCCUCCUCGAUUUUCGUUUCAUCACCCUUAUUUCUUACCUGGACCCCACUACUUCCCAUCAAGCACGUGCCCGUACAGCCGCCCUCCAUUUGGCUAUGGGAAUUUCCCCAGCUCAAUGCCCGAAUGUCUUGGCUUUUACGAAGACCAGUACCAAAAACACGAGGCUAUGUUUUCUGCUCUGAACAGAGACUAUCCUUUCAGGGAGUACCCAGAUGAACGCACACAGAGUGAAGAAUCUCGCAGCUGUGAGAGCCUAGAGGGAGUGUCUUAUUACAACAGCCACAGCCAUAGCGGGGAGGAAUAUUUAACCCCCAUGCCACAGCUGGAUAUUGGAGCCUUGGAGAACGUUUUCACAGCAACCCCGUCCACACCCUCCAGCAUCCAGCAAGUCAAUGUGACUGACAGUGAUGAGGAGGAGGAGGGGAAAGUGUUAAGAGAUUUGUAAUUUUUAAACCAAAUGAUAACAAUGCACAGGAGUCUUUUAAAAUAUUAAAUAAACAUUUCAGUCCUAUAAUAUCUUUUUAGUCAGUGUGUUCAAGGAGAAACCCGAAUCACCUCAGCAAUAAGUGCAGAUUGUUUUAAGAAAUCUGAUCAUCCUUUAGCAUUUUGGGAGGCCAGAUACGGACCUGGGGCUGUCACUGAUUUCUCUGGGUUUUCACCUGCUCACAUUAGGCUUGCAUUUAGGCCCAGAAUCAUGAAGGCAUUCCUAUUCAGGAAAGCAUUUAAGCAUGUGCUUAGCUUUAGGCCUGUGCUUAAGUUCAUUUCUGAAUAGGAAAUGGACUUAAGAAUGUGCUUAUGUGCUGGCCUGAAUCAGGACUCUGGCUUUCUGUGUUCCAGGACUUGCAUUCAUUUUGGCAGUUUUACUUUAGGAAUUUUAGCAAGUGAAAUAAUUCUGUCUGUAUGUCACAGAUUCUUGAACAAAAUGUAAUUCUUGAUGCAAUAAAAUGUACUGGGGGCUGGGGAUUGUGGUCAGGAGUAAUUCCCUCAUGCUUUCAGAUUUACCCUUUGGCUACCAUGGUAUAUUUAUUUAACAUAAUUUAGUUUGUUUUUCUAUAUAAUCUAUAUUUGUGCUACAAAUUGUUGUGUAAUACAUUGAAAAAUUAGGGUCCAAAUCUACCACCCAUGCUCACAUUAAAUAGUAUCUUACUGUGCAAAAGUCCCAUUGAUUUAAAUGGGGACCAUUUGGAGAGUAAGGUGCUAUUCAGUGGGAAUCAGGGUGAUAGAGACUUGCCCUGUGAAAUAACUUAUACUGGUGGACUAUGAUUUGAUCCCUGAGUAUAGUUAACAUUAAUAUCUAUACAAUACCUAUUUUAAAUUUGUUAGUUGGAAAAUGUCUCCACUAAAUUGUAAGAGCAGAUGAGAUACAGAAUUUUAUUGCCAAAACUAGUAAUUCAUGUCGCUAAAAAAUUUUUUUCUUUCUUUUUCCUUUCUUCCCAUUUCUUUCGCUGGGAAUCCUAUUGUUCUGCUUCUGUUCUAUUGAAAUAAAGUCACAUGAACCGCA